UCCACAGCCUCUCUGGGCAGCUGUUCCAGCACCUCACCACUCUCACAGCAAAGAACUUGAAUCAAUGCAAGACAGGUGUGUCCCAGUGAAACGUCUGAGGUUGGUGAUGUGAUGGACAUGUUGUAGAGCAGUGCCCUUUUGAUGGCAGGUGAGGAGGAUGCUGACCCACAGAUGGGCUGGGCACAGAGCAGUGCAGACCCUCAGCCCAUAUACUUGAGAGCCGUGGAAGUUGUGUGGAUCUCAAGCCAUUCCUUCAGGAUAACACAUUGUUUUUUCUCACUCCAGUGAGGCCGGAGAAGGGUGAGCUCCCAGCAGAGCCAUGGAGGGCGGUGUGCAGCUCCUCAACCGCGAUGGCCACAGCAUCUCACACAACUCCAAGCGCCAUUACCACGACGCCUUCGUGUGCAUGAACCGCAUGCGGCAGCGCGGGCUGCUCUGCGACAUCGUGCUGCACGUGGGCACCAAGGAGAUCAAAGCCCACAAGGUGGUGCUGGCGUCCUGCAGCCCCUACUUCCACGCCAUGUUCACAAAUGAGAUGAGUGAGAGCCGCCAGACCCAUGUGACACUGCACGACAUCGACCCUCAGGCCCUGGAGCAGUUGGUGCAAUAUGCUUACACAGCAGAGAUCGUGGUGGGCGAGGGCAAUGUGCAGACACUUCUUCCUGCUGCCAGCCUGCUUCAGCUCAAUGGGGUGCGGGAUGCUUGCUGCAAGUUCCUGCUCAGCCAACUCGACCCAUCCAACUGCCUGGGGAUCCGGGGCUUUGCCGACACGCACUCCUGCAGUGACCUUCUCAAGUCUGCACACAAAUACGUCCUCCAACACUUCGUGGAGGUGUCCAAGACAGAGGAGUUCAUGUUGCUGCCUCUUAAACAAGUGCUGGACCUCAUUUCUAGUGACAGCCUCAAUGUGCCAUCAGAGGAGGAGGUUUACCGGGCUGUGCUCAGCUGGGUCAAACAUGAUGUGGACAGCAGGAGACAGCAUGUCCCCAGGCUCAUGAAAUGCGUGCGGCUGCCCCUGCUGAGCCGGGACUUCUUGAUGAGCAACGUGGACACGGAGCUGCUGGUGCGGCAUCACUCGGAGUGCAAGGACCUGCUGAUCGAAGCCCUCAAGUACCACCUCAUGCCUGAGCAGAGGGGGGUCCUCAGCAACAGCAGGACCAGGCCACGGCGCUGCGAGGGGGCCAGCACCGUGCUUUUUGCUGUGGGUGGGGGCAGCCUGUUUGCCAUCCAUGGGGACUGUGAGGCUUACGACACGCGGACGGACCGCUGGCACAUGGUGGCAUCCAUGUCGACCCGCAGGGCCAGGGUGGGCGUCGCGGCCAUUGGGAACAAGCUGUACGCUGUGGGCGGUUAUGAUGGGACCUCAGAUUUGGCCACGGUGGAGUCCUAUGAUCCUGUCACCAACUCCUGGCAACCGGAGGUGUCCAUGGGCACAAGGAGGAGCUGCCUGGGUGUAGCAGCACUUCAUGGGCUCCUCUAUGCUGCUGGGGGAUACGAUGGGGCCUCAUGCCUGAACAGCGCAGAGCGGUACGACCCUCUGACAGGCACCUGGACAUCCAUCGCUGCCAUGAGCACCAGGAGACGCUACGUCCGGGUGGCAACGCUAGAAGGCAACCUCUAUGCUGUUGGGGGAUAUGACAGCUCAUCCCACUUAGCCACAGUAGAAAAGUAUGAGCCCCAGAUCAACACUUGGACGCCCAUUGCCAACAUGUUGAGCCGCCGGAGCAGCGCAGGGGUGGCUGUGCUGGAAGGGAUGCUCUACGUGGCUGGUGGUAAUGAUGGGACCAGCUGCCUUAACUCCGUUGAGCGUUACAACCCCAAAACCAACACGUGGGAGAGCGUUGCACCCAUGAACAUCCGCAGGAGCACCCACGACCUGGUGGCCAUGGACGGCUGGCUGUACGCCGUGGGUGGCAACGAUGGCAGCUCCAGCCUGAACUCCAUCGAGAAGUACAACCCACGCACCAACAAGUGGGUGGCAGCCUCCUGCAUGUUCACCCGUCGCAGCAGCGUUGGGGUGGCCGUGCUGGAACUGCUCAACUUCCCACCUCCCUCCUCACCCACGCUCUCCGUGUCCUCGACGAGCCUUUGACAAAGGAUCGGGACCUGCCUUACCUCCAGGGGGUCGGGGGUCCGUCCUGCGGGGCAGCCGCUCGCUGUAGGAGCAGAGCGAAGGCGUUGGCUGCCAUCCCCAGCCCUUCUGCUCCCAUGGAGCCUGGAGCCAUCCCUGGCGCACGCCUCGGAUCAGCGAGCCCCAAACUGUGCUUCCUGGGGGACCACCCUCCUUCCUGCAGCACGGGGUGUUUCCACUCCAUCCCUGGACUCAUCUCACCGCUCUCCCAAAGGGUUCCGUGUUUUCUUUGGGGAAGGGGACCUCAAAACCAUCGCUGCUUAUUGGAUUCAGGCAAUCCAGCCGGUGCCACGUGGGCAGCACAGCCAACCCAGGGGCUUCGCCGUGGUGGGCAGUGCUCCUUCCCAGGGACGUGGUUGGAUGUGCAGCGUCCCUCCGAAUGUCACUGUAGCCAAACUCUUGACCAAGCCUAAUGUGCACUGUUAAAGACUCUGAGGCCGCCGCGUGGUUCUCAAUGGUGUCUAAUUGAUGCCUUAAAAAUACACAAAUGAAGCCCAGCGAAGGGACGGGGCCUGGAGGAGGUGAAGUUUGGAGACAAAGCCUCAUUCAACAGGGACCCAACCGGCCGUGGGGAGCCAUGCAAGUGGAUGGGAUGGACCUGCCUGCACCCAUCCCUGCUCCCUCCACGCAUCCCACUGCGCCGUCUGGCUGGGAACAGAGCAGCUUGUUGCUGUUUCCCUCGUUGCAGAGCAGAUUCCAGGUUGAUGGCAAGGUCCAGCCUUCCAGACAAGGAGGAUUGCCUGGCGUUACUUUUGUUGGCGUUAACUUUUCACCUUCUUCUUUUUUUAAUUUUAAUGACUUCAUAUCAUUUUAUUUUUACACUCUGCCGGUAUUCCCCAUCCCAUCUGCUUUGGAGGCAGCAGAAGGGAUGCAAUUACUUUUCUUAAUUGUUGAUGAGAUGAUGACUGUGUCCUGGAAGACGUUCUCUAUAGAUGUGUGGGUGUGUGUGCAUGUGUGAGAUACCAUAUGUACAGUGAAAACAGCACGGAAGGGACCGUGCGCAAUUAACAACUCCUUGGCAAUUAGGCAACCACUUUAAAUGAAGGUUGAAUCAAUUAGCACCGUAAAUCACAAGCCUGUCCUUCCAGACCUAUGCCAUGGAACCUCUGGGGUUGCUUAGAUUUCAGUGCGUGUGCUGUAGGGUGUGAGCCAUGGAUUGGGAGAGUGUUCCCCACAUUGUAGGGGAAUGACUCAGCCACCCGUACCUCAACAGCACCCAGUUGUGGCCUUGGGAACAUGGUGACACUGUUUGUUUGUUUGUUUGUUUGUUUCAGGCUGAUGCCUUUCUCCUUGUUCCCACACUCCUUAUUUCCCAUUUACAGUGUUCAUAUUUUACCUAUAGGAUCGUAAUCAUAGAGUCACUAAGGUUGGAAAGAUCAUCAAGUCCAACCCCAACCCAUCCGCACAGUGAUGGCAUUUGGCCGAAAAUUUCAAUAGGGAUUCCCUGCUUUCUCCACUCCUUGGGGUGAAAGUUGAGUUUGGGAUGAGCCAAGGACUCCCCAGCUUUGUUCAAAUUAACAUUGACGUGGGUGAAAUAGGCACAGGGUUGUGUGUGUGUGUGCAUGGGUGUGUGUGCAUGGAGGUGUGUGUGUGCAUGAGAGAGAUCUCAGUUCUUUUCUUACCAUCCCUGUAAGCAACACGAGGAGUAUAAUGCUGCUGGACUCCUGCAGCCAGCAGCUCCAGGAUGCUCUGCGAAGGAGAUGCUGCUGCUGAGGCCAGCGAGAGGAAUGGAAGAAGGGUGGUGGGAACCUUCAGCAAUGGCGAUGCUGCCCUUCCUCUGGGGAUCAGCAGCACGGGCAGCAUCACCUCUGUCACCCACCGGUUGGGUCCUGAGCAAUACCAGCCCCGAGGCUGUUCUGCAAAACAGAAACCUGGGGAGCCUCCCGCGCCCCAUGUCCUAACUAUGCAGGUGCUCAAUGCUUUCCUCUGUGGGAAACGAAGGAAGGAAAGGGAGAAAUUGUCCCCGGAGCACCCCGACCUGCACUGUGUGGACACGAGGUGUCGGCACCUGCCCCCGGGUUGACACCGGGGUCGGGAUUGCUUCUGGUGCUGCACGACCUCAGCGGGGCCGUGCGUCCGUCUGUGUCCGUCCCUGCGUGGGGAGGAGAACCGCCAGCUCUCCGCGGCUCCUCUGCCGUCCUCACUUAGUGCUGUCUCGCCCCAAAUUGUCCCCAAAUGUGCUGUUUCCCAUGUGAGCUCCGUCCCCCUGGGCGGGGGGCUCCUGCUGUGUCCCCCAGGGGUCCCGCUGUGGCUGGCAGUGCUGACCCCAUUAUGGGCACAGCUCGCCCCCCGCCGCUAGCAGACCCGCCGUGUCCACGUCCAACCGUCGUCACUUUGGUUUCUCUGUAAGUUACCCCACUUAUUUAUGUGGAACUCCGUUUCAAGGAAUUUUUUGCACUACAUGGGACCGGGGAGGGGAUACAAGCAAUACAAAGCCAACGUGUACAAUAAAGACGUUUUCUUGAA